GAGUAAACGGUGGUUCCACGGGAGGAAAGCACACCCAGUCACAUUAAAGAAGCCAAACUGUCUGCUUCAAAGAGAAAAGGCAACAUCCUGUCACAGGCCAUGCUCUGGCAAAAAUCCACAGCUCCAGAGCAAGCUCCUGCCCCACCACGGCCAUACCAGGGUGUUCGAGUCAAGGAGCCAGUGAAGGAGCUACUGAGGAGGAAGCGUGGCCAUGCUAGCAGUGGGACAGCUGGUCCACCUACUGCGGUGGUGCUGCCCCACCAACCCCUGGCAACCUACAGCACAGUGGGUCCUUCCUGCCUUGACAUGGAGGUUUCUGCUUCCACAGUGACAGAGGAGGGGACAUUGUGUGCUGGUUGGCUCUCCCAACCUGCCCCAGCCACCCUUCAGCCCUUGACUCCAUGGACACCCUACACGGAGUAUGUGUCCCAUGAAGCUGUCAGCUGCCCCUACUCAGCUGACAUGUAUGUGCAGCCUGUGUGCCCCAGCUACACAGUGGUGGGACCCUCCUCGGUGCUGACCUAUGCUUCUCCGCCACUCAUUACUAAUGUCACGCCAAGAAGCACUGCUGCACCCGCCGUGGGGCCCCAGCUGGAGGGCCCAGAGCACCAGGCACCCCUCACCUAUUUCCCGUGGCCUCAGCCCCUUUCCACACUGCCCACCUCCAGUCUGCAGUACCAACCUCCAGCCCCAGCCCUGCCUGGGCCCCAGUUUGUCCAGCUUCCCAUCUCCAUCUCAGAGCCAGUCCUUCAGGACAUGGAUGACCCCAGAAGGGCCAUCAGUUCCCUGACCAUUGACAAGCUGCUUCUGGAGGAAGAGGAAAGCAACACAUAUGAGCUGAACCACACCCUCUCUGUGGAGGGCUUUUAGGGCUGCCUUGCACCUACCAGCCCUUUCCCUGGAAACUGAGAUUCAGAAUGCGUUCAGAUGGAGCCCUGACUCCGGUCUGUUUGAAAUGGCUCUUUCAUAGGUACCUUUCUACCCAAAGCUGAAUUGUAUUCCUUCCUUCCCUCCCUCCAUUCCCUCUCUCCACUUCCCCCCACUCUAACUUCCUCCUUUCUUAUUUCUUCUUCCAGCUUUCUUCCUCUGGAGGGGGAAAUUAUAGCGAUAUUAUGAACAGAACCUUAUACUGAAUGUCACCAAGUCUGCAGCUCAGAGUUUCCUUUGGUGUCACAGUAUUAGAGAAGUGCCCUUCUCUCAGGUGGCUUUGAUUUCUGGUAGCAGUAGCAUUAUAGAUCUGUCCUAAGAUCACUUACCCCCCUGCCAUUCUAAAAUGCAUGGGGUCCCACAGGGAGACCGAAGCCACCAGCACCUCCCUGCUGAGUCGGCCAUGGACAGAUGCUCUCACAUCCCACAGUUUUAUUUUGUUUACUCUUCUGGGCCUUGGCUAGUCUAAGCAGAUGUCUCUGGGCUGGUGAGAGGGGGUGGGACAGGACUAUGAGGGUGGGUAGGGACAGUCAGUGAGUGAUGGGGGACAGGGCUGAGGAGGAGCAGGAGCAUCUAUGUGGUGUGUCUGUGGUUAGAGAGGGAGUGAGGAAGGGGAGACUGAGUGAUCGGCUCCACCUACAACCAACUUUGAAAAAAAAUAACGCUUUAACUUGCUUCAGCUGAUCUUCUCAACAGUAAUUAUGGGCAAAGCUGGUUGUAGUCAGCAGGAUAAUGAUGAAUCAUCUGUUUCUGCCCCUCUGCAGGCCCUCCUCAAGCCCGACAGUGAGGAGGGUUCCCAUUUAGUCCUUCUAUGUGGGCUCCCUUCGCCAUAUCAUGAACCAUCCAUCAGCGCCAAGGGCGCUUCCAUCCUUCACAGGCUUCUAGAGUCAUGGUUGGUAGGCCCAUUAGAUUUCAUUUCAAUUUUUAUUUUAUUCUUGCUGGAGAAGCGUAACAUUUACUAUUGAGUAUUUUGCUGUUUCUGGGGCACUCUGCUCCUGAUGUGGAUGUGUCUUUGGGAGCUGGCAGGCUGUUCACUAAUGGUGCCAUCAUCACAUGGGCAUACUUUAGUCUUUAGAAUCCACAUAGAAGUAAUAGAUGUUUCUGGAAAAUGACAGGUUUUCCACCCCCUUUCUGUUUCUAUUUUCAAUGAAAAAUCAGAGAAAGCCACCGAUCUUUUUAUUUUUUCAUGCUUUGUGUUUAUUUUGAUUUAGAUUUCUCAAUAUCUACCUAAAAUUCUGGUAAGCUUACCUUGAAUUCUUUGUAUUCCUCUAUAAUAGUUAGAUUGAGUGUUAGAUCCUGGAUGAUAAGUUUACACUUACAUGAUAGUUACCGUGAACAAGAAAGGGAAGAGGAUGCCCCAGCCUAUUGAAUUAAGGUCCAGUUGCAUAUAAAAACACUAUUCAAGAUUUCCCAGCUCUUGAGGGUUUGAGAAGAUGCAGGAGUGGCAUUCACAGAGGAGUUAAUUCUGGGAAAACAAACAAAACAGCAAAGGAAGUAGUGUGAGCAUUCGCUAGGGUUGAACUGGUAUCUUCCCCCCUUCUUAUCCUAAGACCCCAAGUCUUGGCUGCAGACGGUCACCCAGAUUUCCUUCUGAGUUAUCCUACUCAUAGGAAACAUUUUCA